CGAGUGUAGUAGCUAUUAACUCCCCGGCUCAUACAUGUUCUUUCCCCCGGCGCAGAAACUCCGCCUGUGGUUGCCAGUUAAUGGAGUUGGCGUCAGCAAGGAGCCGGCGGACCCAGUGCCAUCGUUAGUUGCAAGUCAACCUCGCUCCUGACAGGCUGGCAGGCCCAUCGAAACCGAAACCGUGCUCAAAAACAAAUUGCCAUAGCAGCCAUCCUGUCGUGACAAUAGCGCAAAAACGGAGAAUUCAUAAACAUUCACCUGCCAUUCAUCAUAUAGUAUAUACACAUCUAUAGCUACAGUGCUGCCUUUACCUUGACUUGUGUGUCACAUUCUUUGGUGAAUCGUAGACAUGGCGGACGAGGAAGCCAACAAGGAGGGCGAGAAGAAAAUCGUUCACGUUUAUCCCCUGGUUAAGCACUCUGACAUGAAUGAAGAGAUGCGGAUAGAGGCCAUUGAACUAUCCAUUACCGCCUGCGAGAAAUAUGCAUCUAAUUAUGAGCACGCUGCCAAAAUCAUCAAGGAGAACAUGGAUAAGAAGUUCGGCAUCUAUUGGCAUGUGGUUGUUGGUGAAGGAUUCGGUUUUGAAGUCUCUUACGAGACGGAAAACAUUCUAUACCUGUUCUUCGCCGGUAACCUGGCCAUUGUGCUGUGGAAGUGCUCCUGAAUGCGGGUCAACAAUCAAUCGAACGUACCUAGAAACCGGAACAGAAACCAAACCCGAACCAAACAUAACUUUAGCAUUAACUUUAGUCAUACAUACACAGAACUCUUACCGUUAACAAAUGUUAUGAAUACUAAGUCUAGAAGCGACGUCGGAGUAAUGAAUUCCAUGGCAACGAAGUGACUUGUUGGGAAAAGAAUGGUUUUUAUUACAAAAUGUACCUAGAUGCUAGCAUUUUGAAAACACGCUUAUAAAAUUGUUUGUAUGCACUAAAACGAAAAA